UCAGCUCAGGCAGGUGAGGAGGAGAAGGAGCAGGAGCAGGAGAGGUUGUUGUCGACAGAUGCUCCGAGCCGAAAAGGCGCCAUGGCCUCCUGGAACCGUCCCAGGAGGCUCUCCAUGCCGGCCGGAGGGAUAGGGAGAAGCUGGCUGCACCCUCAUCUCGGGGGCCCAGAGGAGGAGAGGAGGGUCUUCUGCCCCCAGGACAGUGUGAAAAUACUAAGACUGACCCUCCAGAAUGAUCUCCCUGGGGACAGGCGCGACCAAGGAAAGCAAAAGCCGGUGGGGAGGGCCUUUGCCAUGGUGGCCAACCGGCCCCCCAGCAGCCACGCCUUGGCGUCGGAGUACGUCAAGUCCAGCGAGGGCGACGAGGAAAUCAUCAAGGUCUACCUCCGAGCCCGAGCCGAGGACAGGGCCCAGAACGAAAAGAGCCUCCAUCAACUGAAAAGUGACGGCUGUCAUCUCCAAGCGAAAACGCUGGACAAGCCGAACGGGAUCCGCCCUCACAGAACUACCUCAUUUCGCAGCAUGUCACUAUGCCAGGAUGAACCGACGUACCCCGGAGAAGACAUCUCGAUAAUGCGGGAGACCACCAAGAAGCUCUUCACGAAACUUCAGGAGGCUGAGAAGCGCCACCAGUCAGACAGAGCCGCUUAUGAGACGUCCAUUUCCCAUUAUCGGAGGGAAGCCGAACAUUCGGGAGCAGCUCUCCGAAGGGCGGAACUGGACUUGGAAGAGAAGGAUUUGAAGCUGGAGGAGCUGCAGAGACUCCUGACGGGGAUGGAGAAGGAGCACAAAACUCUGCUUCAGAAGAUGAGAGACGACGAGUCUGAGCUGGAGCAGCUGCGCAGCGUCGAGAAGGACAAAGUUGCCGAGCAGGAAAGGUCGGCCAAACUGGAGAAGGAAGUUGCCACUUUGCGGGAGAAGAUCCACCACUUGGACGACAUGCUCAAGAGCCAGCAGAGGAAGGUCCGGCAGAUGAUUGAGCAGCUUCAAAACUCCAAGACCGUGAUUCAGUCCAAAGACACAAUCAUCCAGGAACUCAAAGAACGUGUGGCCUACCUGGAGGCAGAGAACCUUGAGAUGCACGACCGCAUGGAGCACCUCAUUGAAAAGCAGGCCCAGAGCGCCGGGGUCCACAAUGCAAGGCCCCGCUCCAAAUCAGAGUACGUCAGCAGCAAACGGCUUACCAAGUCUCCAGGCCCCAAACCUUUGCCUCUCAUCCGAGUGCUGGAAACAUGAACUCAAACCCCUCUCCUCCGCUCCCCGAAAAAGGAACCCUCUGCAAACUCGCUGGGCCCUUAUUCCAUCGCCAGCUGCUUCGCCCUUGCUGCCCGCUCCCCAGAGGCAACCAGCUCCCUUGUCGCGUGCGGUGGGACUGUCUGCGUAGCCCCAUCUGCCCAGCAGCACCGCCUGUUUGAAGCCGCAAAAAAGUAAAAAAGGAGGAUUUUCUGAAAAGGGUUUGAUCGGGACGGGACGCGAGGACGUUUGAAGGCCAAAAGGACGCUUUCGCCCCACCCAAAGGCCGCAAGAAGGAACCUUUGCAGUCCUUGCAAUUGAUCUGUAAGGCUGGUCCCUUUUUGGAAAGAAAGUGCCUUUUUAGUAAUUAUAUAUGUAUAAUUAUAUAUGUCAUGUAUAUAUAUAUAUAUCGCUAUUAGCUCCGUCCAGCGCUAGGAAGUUCAGUUUUUAUCCCCGUUCAAGCCAGUACGCCCAUCAAGGGUUGUUUUCAGAUUAUUAAUAACAGUGUAAAGGCGUAUUGGGUUUGACAAAGUUGAGGAGGAAAGAUGUGUUCUGGUUUCUUCCCUCUUCUCGCCUCCGAAAGAAUUAUGUCUCAGCGACUGCCCAUCCACCUCUCAGGCAGCGAGUGAACUUCUCCCGUCAAACUCAGCCUAGCCGCCUAGAGAACAGAGAUUACCCCGUGUCUGCAUUUAACCCUGUCGGUUGGCCGCACCGCACCGUGGCGGAAUGUAGAGGAUCGACUCGUAUCAUGUAAUCUAGCAUUGUGUGAAUGUAGAAAUAAAUACUGAGUUGAGUGUUU